AUGGAACAUAUAUCGACUGAAUUAAAUAAUUUACCGGAUGAAAUUCUUAUGAUUAUUUUGAAAAAAAUGUUCAAUACCGAAGUACUCUACUCUUUAAUAGAUGUUAAUAAACGACUCAAUACAAUUGUACGUGAUCCAAUUUUUACAAGUCACUUAACAUUGAUGAGACGUUUCUCGGAUAAUUUCAACUAUCCAUUACCUGAUCUAAUACUUGAUCGAUUUUGUUCACAAAUCUUACCCUCAAUUUGUCAUAACAUCAAAUCGCUCAAUAUUGAAUCAUCAUCUAUGAAACGUAUUCUUCAUGCUACAAAUUAUCCGAAUUUAUAUGGACUUGGUUUAUAUAAUAUUGAGAUAGGAACAGCUCUAUCUCUCUUUAUUGACGAAUCAUGUUCAACUUCUAUAAAUAAAAAUCAAAUCUCAUCGUUUAUCAUCGAUGUUACUAAAUAUAAAAAAAAAAGUUUAACAACAGAUGUGAUUGCACGUAUAUUGACACAUAUCUUUAAUAUGUUCUCCAAUUUACAAUAUUUUUAUUUUUGUCCAUCUUCAAUUUGGUAUCAACGAUUAUUAUUUGACAAUCCAUUUCCAACUAUGACCUCUUCAACUCUCUUAGAAUUGCAUAUCAGUUUGGCAUCUUUCACCGACUGUCUUUAUCUACUUGAUGGACGUUUCAAUAAACUUCACACGCUUUAUGUUGAUAUUCUUUCCAUUUCCUCUUCGCAAUUAACAAACAAUAAUCAGGAAAAACUAUCUAAUUUAAUAUGUUUUUCACUAUGUUGUGAAAUGUCAACACAUGCUUUUGAUAAAUUAAUUGUACCAUUUCUACAACGAAUGUCGAAUUUAGAAAAACUCUGUUUGAAUCUUGUUGUUUGUGACAAAAAAUUUGUUGAUGGAAAUGAAUUGAAGCACAAUAUUAUUAAUCAUAUGGCACGAUUACAGAGGUUCGAAUUUUAUAUUUGCUCAGAUAUUUCUCUUCAUAAUCAAAUUUAUCUACAAUCGAAAGAAGAUAUUCAACAUACAUUCAAAGAUUUUAAAGAUGAUCAAGUUAUUUCCUAUGUUGAUUAUUUCCAAGAACAAUAUGGUCUAUGUCAUAUCUAUUUGUAUCCUGACCAAUUAAAAUAUUACUAUACUGUAACAAAUAAUUUUCCAGGUGGCUUAUUUACAUGUGUUCGUACAAUAUCAUUAUAUGAUGAACAUCCUUUUGAACAUGAAUUUUUUCUUCGAAUUGCUCAAUCAUUUCCAUUUAUGAAAAUACUUUCUUUACAUGUUAAUAAACGACUCAAUACAAUUGUACGUGAUCCAAUUUUCACAAGUCACUUAACAUUGAUGAGAUGCUUCUCAGAUAAUUCCAACUAUCCAUUGCCUGAUCCAAUACUUGAUCGAUUUUGUUUACAAAUCUUACCCUCAAUUCAUCAUAAAAUCAAAUGGGUUAAUCUUGAAUCAUCAUCUAUGAAACGUAUUCUUCAUGCUACAAAUUAUCCGAAUUUAUAUGGACUUGGUUUAUUUGAUAUUGAGAUAGAAACAGCUAUCUCUUAUUGAUGUUUUUCGCUAUGUUGUGAAAUGUCGACACAUUAUUAUGAUGAAUUAAUUGUACCAUUUCUACAACGAAUGUCGAAUUUAGAAAAACUCUGUUUGAAUCUUGUUGUUUGUGACAAAAAUACAUUUGUUGAUGGAAUUGAAUUGAAGCAGAAGAUUAUUAAUCAUAUGGCACGAUUACAGAGAUUCGAAUUUUAUAUUUGCUCAGGCAUUUCUCUUCAUAAUCAAAUUUAUCUACAAUCGAAAGAAGAUAUUCAACAUACAUUCAGAGUUUUUAAAGAUAAUCAAGUUAUUUCUUAUGUUGAUUAUUUCCAAGAACAAUAUGGUCUAUGUCAUAUCUAUUUGUAUCCUGAACAAUUAAAAUAUUAUUAUACUGUAACAAAUAAUUUUCCAGGUGGCUUAUUUACAUGUGUUCGGACAAUAUCAUUACAUGAUGAACAUCCUUUUGAACAUGAAUUUUUUCUUCGAAUUCAAAAAUCAUUUCCAUUUAUGAAAAAACUUUCUUUAAAUAAUUCCAAACCACAAAAUAACAAAUUAUGCAGAGAAUCACAGAAUGACAAUCAAGAUUUUUCAAUCAUUAACUAUCCUUAUCUUACUACUCUUACACUUUACGAUGCUCAUGAUGAUUAUAUCGAAGAAUUUCUAGUUGAUACGAAAAUAUGUUUACCGAAUAAUGCUGUUCAUCUUAACAUUUAUUAUGAACAACUAAAAAGAGUGACACACAAUUUUACAAGAGAUACAACACGAAUCAAUUGUGCCAAACUAAAUUCUUUAUAUCUCAACGGUCGUCGACUUCCUAAAUGUGCAAAAGACUAUUUUCCGCAUGUAUAA